GCAUAAUAAUAGUCGUCCAGCCCUUAUUUCUUUUCCUUUUAUUAGCCAAUUACUGUUUGAAUUCCUCCCCUCAACGAAACAUAACAGAAGAGGAAGAGAAUAAAAAGAAAAAGAAAAAAAAAACACAUAAACAUCAUUCAACAACGUUAAUCUAUCAGGCCUUGUUUUUGCCUGUUUCUCGUUAUAGUUUCUUUACUUUUUUGCAAGACACGCUGCACUUGAAGAAGAACAAAAAAAAAAAGGCUCUCUUUCUCUUUAGUUGUUAUUCGACCAGGGAACUCAGAUCUCACUCUCCACUUAAAGUUUUUGCCUUUAUUCAACUUUUUACCGGUGAAAUAGAAUUCCAAUAAUGAUGGAGAGGGCAGAGUCAUGCCAAAAGCUAUAUACAAGACUGCGGUUAUGGGAAUUUCCUGAUGAGUAUGUGAUUGAACCCACCGAUGGCUCUUCUGCUUCGUCUUUGAAAAUUAAUCGUGCUGAUGCCUCAAUGAAGCUCAUUGAUGCUAUUCCAGAAUGCAGCUCUGUUCGUGUUCCUAAGAUUCAGACAAUUUUUGGAGUAGUUGGAAUGCUAAAGCUUGUUGCAGGAUCAUAUUUAAUUGUUAUAACGGAGCGUGAAUGUGUUGGAUCUUACUUGGGGCAUCCUAUAUUCAAAGUCAUGUCCUUGAGAAUUCUUCCAUGUGAUCAUUCUCUUAAAACCUCUUCUCCAGAACAGAAAAAGGUGGAGAGUGAAUUUGCUGGGCUGCUCAAAGUUGCAGAGAAGACUUGUGGUCUCUUUUUCUCUUAUGACACCAAUUUAACGCUGAGUGCUCAGCGAUUAAAUGAUCUGGGAGAUGAAUCUAAAUUGCUUCCUCUUUGGAGACAGGCAGAACCCAGAUUUCUUUGGAACAAUUAUAUGUUGGAAGUACUUAUAGACAACAAGCUUGAUCCAUAUUUGCUUCCAGUUGUCCAAGGGAGUUUUCAUAACUUCCAAGCAGCCAUCGGAAAAGAAAUUGUUGAUAUUACAUUGAUUGCUAGGAGGUGUACCCGGAGAAAUGGAACCCGAAUGUGGAGAAGAGGAGCUGAUCCUGAUGGAUAUGUUGCAAAUUUUGUGGAAACAGAGCAAAUUGUGCAGAUGAAUGGUUUUACCGCGUCAUUGGUUCAGGUUCGGGGGUCAAUGCCGUUUCUUUGGGAGCAAAUUGUUGAUUUGACUUAUAAGCCUAAGUUUGAGAUUGUAAAACCUGAAGAAGCUCCACGAGUAGCUGAGAGGCAUUUUCUGGAUCUAAGGAAAAAAUAUGGAUCUGUACUAGCUAUCGAUCUUGUCAACACGACUGGAGGUGAGGGACGCUUAAGUGAAAAGUUUGCAAGUGCAGUGCAACCUAUACUUAGUGACGAUUUAAGAUAUAUUCACUUUGAUUUCCAUAAGAUCUGUGGACAUGUUCAUUUUGAGCGCCUUUCGAUCCUCUAUGAUCAAAUUGCAGAUUUUCUUGACAAAAAUGGGUACCUCUUGUUGAACGACAAGGGUGAGAAAAUGAAAGAGCAACUUGGAGUUGUAAGGACUAAUUGUAUUGAUUGCUUAGACCGCACCAAUGUUACACAGAGCAUGAUAGGUAGGAAAAUGUUGGAACUCCAGCUUAGGAGAAUUGGUGUUUUUGCUGCUGAAGAAACCAUUAGCUCACACACAAAUCUUGAUGAAAAGUAUAAAAUAUUGUGGGCUAAUCAUGGGGAUGACGUAAGCAUACAAUAUUCUGGCACUCCUGCACUGAAAGGAGAUUUUGUCCGGUAUGGUAAGCGAACUGUUCAAGGGAUCCUUAAUGAUUUUUAUAAUGCCCUUGGUCGAUAUUAUUUUAAUAACUUUUCUGAUGGAACAAAACAGGAUGCGAUCGAUCUCCUGCAAGGACAUUACAUUGUUUCUGUCAGCCGGGAUAUGACACCUCCAUCACAAAAAGGAGGCCUUGAGGCUGUAGCUCACUUCCCAGCAGCUUUUUGUUUGGUCUCACUAGGGUUAUUCUUCACAAUAUUGUCACUGAGUCAAGCUCGAUACGAUCUUCGACACUUAUUUUUCUCAGCUUUGUGGGCUACCAUAAGCAUUGGCAUUGCUGCAGUUGUGAAGGCUAACGGCAGGAUUUUCUGCAACCGUCCUCGUUUGCAUAAACCACGACGUUGAUUAUAUACAUAGCAUAUUCUGAAAUGCUAUGACAAAUAAAAAACUUCCAUCUUGCUGAAUCAUAGUUAUUCUUUCAUACAUAUUUUUGUAGUCCAUUUAGUUUCAAUACCUCGAUUAUAUUUUUAUUUUGCCAUUAUCAAAACAUUAAACUACAAACAGUAUAUUUUUCCCCCAUUUGUUAAUUAUAAAUGUUAUUUCA